CAGGAGCAGUAUGCUACUCUGGUUUGUGUAUCAUCACGGGAAUUAACAACACGGAGGCUAGCUAGCUGUCUACACAGCAGUUUAAACAGCUGAAAUGGUGAGUUCAAAAUGAAAGAAGUAGCAAGACAUACAUAAACAGAGAUGUGCUAAAGGUAUUGUCAUCCUCGGACCCUUUGUUUAGUUUUUCUUUCUAAUUCGUUUGCUAGCUUGGCUAACGGCUAGCUAGUCUAGCAUAACGUUAGCUUCGGUAUCAACACAGACGGGUCGGAGGCCCACUGUGUUCUUCCUAGCUAACACGUUUUAGUUGGUGGCAAUUGGCUAAUGUAGCAGUUAUAUCGUUUCCCACUUUGUGGUGAUUAUCGAUGCAAGUUACGCAAAAUUGCUGGCUAACUAGCUUGUCUGGAUGUCACGAGAAAUGUUAUUUUUUGUUGAGGUUUAAUGGCGAAGUUUGGAACCACAAAGACUCUUCCUAGAGCUGGCCGCCCGGCCAAACUGAGCAAUCAGGGGAGAAGGGCCUUGGUCAGGGAGGUGACCAAGAACCCCAUGGUCACUCUGACAAAGCUCCAGAGUUCCUCUGUGGAGAUGGGAGAACCUUCCAGAAGGACAACCAUCUCUGCAGCACUCCACCAAUCAGGCCUUUAUGAUAGAGUGGCCAGACGGAAGCCACUCCUCAGUAAAAGGCACAUGACAGCCCGCUUGGAGUUUGCCAAAAGGCACCUAAAGGACUCUGACCAUGAAAAACAAGACUCUCUGGUCUGAUGAAACCAAGAUUGAACUCUUUGGCCUGAAUGCCAAGCGUCAUGCCUGGAAUAAACCUGGCACCAUCCCUACGGUGAAGCAUGGUGGUCGCAGCAUCAUGCUGUGGGGAUGUUUUUCAGCGGCAGGGACUGGGAGACUAGUCAGGAUCGAGGGAAAGAUGAACGGAGCAAAGUACAGAGAGUCCUUGAUGAAAACCUGCUCCAGAGCGCUCAGGACCUCAGACUGGGGAAAAGGUUCACCUUCUAACAGGACAUCUAAGCACACAGCCAAGACAACGCAGGAGUGGCUUCGGGACAAGUCACCUGUGAAUUGAAAUGCAUUCCAGGUGACUACCUCAUGAAGCUGGUUGAGAGAAUGCCAAGAGUGUGCAAAGCUGUCAUCAAGGCAAAGGGUGGCUAUUUGAAAAAUCUCAAAUAUAAAAUAUAUUUUCAUUUGUUUAACACUUUUUUGGUUACUACAUGAUUCCAUAUGUGUUAUUUCAUAGUUUUGAUGUCUUCACUAUUAUUCUACAAUGUAAAAAAUAAAGAAAAACCCUUGAAUGAGUAGGUGUGUCCAAACUUUUGAAUGGUACUGUAACUCCAUCUCAUAAUCAGAGUUGGGCAUGGCUCGAGAAACCCUCCGUUUGCACACAAUGCAUGAACAAUCCUCCAUUCAUCUUUAGCAAGGGCACGCGGAGCGCUCAAUCCAGUCAAAACUACUAGAAAUGUUGACUGCGUUAACGUCAGCUGUCAGGUUAGCCGAUUAAAUGCAACUCCACGAUUUACGAUGGAGUUGAGCGGCGACUUGUACGGGCGGACUGUAGCUCCAAAGUCACAUGAAAUAAAGAUUUCAGCUCCCAAAGAAUAGCCCACUGUUACAUAAGACACCUGAGCUUGGCGUUACAUAAGACAUUGUGGUCCUCUGUAGCUCAGCUGGUAGAGCACGGCGCUUGUAACGCCAAGGUAGUGGGUUCGAUCCCCGGGACCACCCAUACACAAAAAAUGUAUGCACGCAUGACUGUAAGUCGCUUUGGAUAAAAGCGUCUGCUAAAUGGCAUAUUAUUAUUAUAUUAUUAAAGCCCCAUGGGAAAAAUGACUUGGUACUUGGCAGGUAGAUGUUAGGUUAUUUCUGUGCCUGUGUAACGUUAUAUGAUUGUAUGUGCCUUUGAGAUGAUUGUAUAAUUAUUAAGUCUUCUUGUGUUUCAGAGUUUCCUGGGUGGUUUAUUUGGUCCUGUGUGUGAAAUUGACGUCCUACUCAAUGAUGCAGAGACUAGGAAGACCGCAGAACUCAAGACAGAGGAUGGAAAAGUGGAUAAGAACUACCUGUUUUAUGAUGGAGAAUCUGUCUCUGGGAAGGUGAGCGUUGCGCACACACACACACUUGACAUGACGGCGAUCAAUGCUGUGCACCUGACUGCUUCCUAUGUCAAUAGGCAGGUUUCCAUUGACCAAGGUUUAUUUGACAAAAGCAAUGACAAAAAAAUCACUUUGACAGGUGUUAAGGAAAGGGCAGAUAUAGGAGAAACGUUCUAAAGACAGACAAAUAAAAUGAUAUGUUCCACGGGUGGAUUUCUCUUUUGACAAACGUUCUUUAUUGUGACAAAUAAUUUUGAAGGUACAUGGGGCACGUGAACUCAACGCGUAACUAUAAAGUGCCACUCCACAUUUCAUUUGAUAUGCCUACUGCUUGCAAAAUCAAAAUGUUCAACUAUAAAAGUAAUGUUUCUUUGCAGGACAGUGAUUGUCCUGACUUUCAGGAAUGCCUGAAUUGCUUCACCUUGCUUUUCUGGUUGGUUGGCAAGUUUCACCAUCCAAUUAUUUCAGAUCUACAGGAGUUCAAGUUUCACCAUGGCACGGGCCGUGGCGAUAUGUUGACACGAGAAUUAUUAGAAUAUGGCAAAUAUUUGUCCAUUAUUGCAUUCUAUCCAUGCUGGCUUUCGCAGGGCUACCUGAGACAUGAAACAGAUAUGUGGGAGGGUAUAGGCUACAGGCUGUCUGCAAUUUAUUAGGCAAUUUGCCUAAAUGGGUAAUGGAAACACUUCAACCACUUCAUUUUUAUUCGACACUGUAGGUUUUUGCGAAAAAGCGUUUUAUUUUAAAUGUCUGAUGUCAUUACUUCCAGCUGUUUUGAUCGUCAGGAUAGUUACAUGGAAAUGCACCGUAGCAUCUAUUUUCUAUGCGAACUUUCUAAAUGUCGACAAGUUAAUGGAAACAUAGCUACUGUGUCCUAUGCCAAUACCCCAUAACUUGUUUGUGUUUUCUUGUAAGGUGAAUCUCAAUGUGAGGCAGACAGGCAAGAGACUAGAACACCAAGGGAUUCGAAUUGAGUUUGUUGGGCAGAUUGGUGAGUUUGUGUAAAUUGAUAUUUUGACAUUGUAACCUAACAGCAGCGCCCACCUCAAACACCAGCCAUGCAUUGUUCAUUGGUUCACAAACCAAGUGCGCUGUCAGUCUCAUUUAUGCUAAACCGCUUAGCAAAGCAUGUGCUUGUCAUGUGAAAACCGCAGUUGUCCACACUCCACACCACACACUCUGGCCUGGUGGCAAAACAUUUCUGUGAGGAUUCCUUGACCAUUACUGAGGGUUGGUUCAAUGUUGUCAAACCGACUGAGGAAGCUUGGGGAAGCCUUCAAAUAACAUAUCUGAUCAUAGGCCAAAAGUUAAAAUCUAAUACAGGACAAUCUAGGUUAUUAGAUUUAGGCCUCCUUCCCUAUUUAUACUUUUGUUCAAAUAAAUGUUUCCGUCAGUACAACUGAUGUGCUUAUUGGAAAUGUGAGGUUCCUGUGUGUGGUGAUGUGAUGAACCUAACAGAGGUGUUUAAACUUGGGGUCUAUGUCUUUCAGAGCUCUUCAAUGAUAAAAGCAACACACAUGAAUUUGUGAACCUGGUGAAGGAGCUUGCCUUGCCAGGGGAGUUGACCCAGAACCGAAGCUACGACUUUGAGUUCAUACAGGUGGAGAAGCCCUAUGAGUCUUACGUUGGAACCAACGUCCGACUCAGGUUAGCGCACAAGACUCUGUCAUACCCAGACAUCCUCUGCAUCGUCCCUUUCUAUUGGCACAGCUUGAGAUGAUCAGUGAAACUGCAUCAGAUGGCUUCUUGUUGUCAUUGCUGCAUUCACCUUAUGAAUAUAAGCACCGUGUCAGUUGAAUGUAAUUUGCAUUGUUGCAAGCCAUCCAUAACUCUCCAAUUGUUAUUUCCUGUAGAUAUUUCCUCAAAGUGACAGUAGUGAGGAGACUGUCUGAUCUGGUGAAAGAGUAUGACCUCAUUGUCCAUCAGCUGGCUACUUACCCUGAUGUGAACAAUUCCAUUAAGAUGGAAGUUGGCAUUGAAGACUGUCUGCACAUAGAGUUUGAAUACAACAAGUCCAAGUAAGAUAUAUACCACGAUAAGACAUUCAUGCAUUCAAACCACUUUUUAAUAACCAUAGCACAAUAGCAAAUGCAUGUCAAAAUCAGUAUCAGAUUUAGAAAUCAUAAAUUAAAUGAUUAUAGAAUUUAUAUAUACAUUAUUAUAAAUACAGUGAGGGGAAAAAAGUAUUUGAUCCCCUGCUGAUUUUGUACGUUUGCCCACUGACAAAGACAUGAUCAGUCUAUAGUUUUAAUGGUAGGUUUAUUUGAACAGUGAGAGACAGAAUAACAACAACAAAAUCCAGAAAAACGCAUGUCAAAAAUGUUAUAAAUUGAUUUGCAUUUUAAUGAGGGAAAUAAGUAUUUGACCCCUCUGCAAAACAUGACUUGGUACUUGGUGGCAAAACCCUUGUUGGCAAUCACAGAGGUCAGACGUUUCUUGUAGUUCGCCACCAGGUUUGCACACAUCUCAGGAGGGAUUUUGUCCCACUCCUCUUUGCAGAUCUUCUCCAAGUCAUUACGGUUUUGAGGCUGACGUUUGGCAACUCGAACCUUCAGCUCCCUCCACAGAUUUUCUAUGGGAUUAAGGUCUGGAGACUGGCUACUGUGGCUAGGCCACUCCAGGACCUUAAUGUGCUUCUUCUUGAGCCACUCCUUUGUUGCCUUGGCCGUGUGUUUUGGGUCAUUGUCAUGCUGGAAUACCCAUCCACGACCCAUUUUCAAUGCCCUGGCUGAGGGAAGGAGGUACUCACCCAAGAUUUGACGGUACAUGGCCCCGUCCAUCGUCCCUUUGAUGCGGUGAAGUUGUCCUGUCCCCUUAGCAGAAAAACACCCCCAAAGCAUAAUGUUUCCACCUCCAUGUUUGACGGUGGGGAUGGUGUUCUUGGGGUCAUAGACAGCAUUCCUCCUCCUCCAAACACGGCGAGUUGAGUUGAUGCCAAAGAGCUCGAUUUUGGUCUCAUCUGACCACAACACUUUCACCCAGUUCUCCUCCUCUGAAUCAUUCAGAUGUUCAUUGGUAAACUUCAGAUGGGCAUGUAUAUGUGCUUUCUUGAGCAGGGGGACCUUGCGGGUGCUGCAGGAUUUCAGUCCUUCACGGCGUAGUGUGUUACCAAUUGUUUUCUUGGUGACUAUGGUCCCAGCUGCCUUGCGAUCAUUGACAAGAUCCUCCCGUGUAGUUCUGGGCUGAUUCCUCACCGUUCUCAUGAUCAUUGCAACUCCACGAGGUGAGAUCUUGCAUGGAGCCCCAGGCUGAGGGAGAUUGACAGUUCUUUUGUGUUUCUUCCAUUUGCGAAUAAUCGCACCAACUGUUGUCACCUUCUCACCAAGCUGCUUGGCGAUGGUCUUGUACCCAUUCCAGCCUUGUGUAGGUCUACAAUCAUGUCCCUGACAUCCUUGGAGAGCUCUUUGGUCUUGGCCAUGGUGGAGAGUUUGGAAUCUGAUUGAUUGAUUGCUUCUGUGGACAGGUGUCUUUUAUACAGGUAACAAGCUGAGAUUAGGAGCACUCCCUUUAAGAGUGUGCUCCUAAUCUCAGCUCGUUACCUGUAUAAAAGACACCUGGGAGCCAGAAAUCUUUCUGAUUGAGAGGGGGUCAAAUACUUAUUUCCCUCAUUAAAAUGCAAAUCAAUUUAUAACAUUUUUGACAUGUGUUUUUCUGGAUUUUUUUGUUGUUAUUCUGUCUCUCACUGUUCAAAUAAACCUACCAUUAAAAUUAUAGACUGAUCAUUUCUUUGUUAGUGGGCAAACAUACAAAAUCAGCAGGGGAUCAAAUACUUUUUUCCAUCACUGUAUAUAAAUGUACCUAACCUCAACUGUCUUCUCAGAUACCACUUGAAAGAUGUAAUUGUGGGUAAAAUCUAUUUCCUUCUGGUGAGAAUCAAAAUCCAGCACAUGGAACUUCAGUUGAUCAAGAAGGAGAUGACUGGAAUAGGUGAGAUGAGGUUCACUUAAAUGGCAUAAGGUGUUACUCUAUUUAAUGAUAACAUUUUUAUUUUAAAUUAUUUAAUGUUUUAGAUUCUUCAAAUUUUGUGAAAACCUAAAACUGCCCUGUAAUCUCGGCUUUUGCUUUAAGAACAGUGUGAAAUGUACAGUACCAGUCAAACGUUUGGACACACCUACUCAUUCAAGGGUUUUUCUUUAUUUUUACUAUUUUCUAUAUUGUAGAAUAAUAGUGAAGACAUCAAAACUAUGAAAUAACACAUAUGGAAUCAUGUAGUAACCAAAAAAGUGUUAACCAAAUCCAAAUAUAUUUGAGAUUUUUCAAAUAGCCACCCUUUGCCUUGAUGACAGUUUUGCACACUCUGGGCAUUCUCUCAACCAGCUUCACCUGGAAUGCUUUUCCAACAAUAGUGUUUGUAUUUGGUCAUGUGAAAUUCCUUCGCAGGGCCUAGCACAACUACAGAGACGGACACUGUUGCCAAGUAUGAGAUAAUGGACGGCGCCCCUGUGAAAGGUAAGCACAAUAUGGUGUUGGUUUGUCCCAAUAUUAUGAUUUUAUUUAAUUUUAUCUUGUUAUUUCGCCCCACCAAAGCAGCAUAAUGUUUUCAGGACUUGUAGUGUACAUGUAAAUCUGUCUCUUCUUGCCAUGGAACUUGUUUCACAGUCCUCUUCAUGCCUGUUCUUUCGCUCUUAGGAGAGUCCAUUCCCAUCCGUCUGUUUUUGGCUGGCUACGACCUGACAGCCACCAUGAGGGACGUCAACAAGAAGUUCUCUGUGCGGUACUUCCUCAACCUGGUGCUGGUGGAUGAGGAGGACAGGAGAUACUUCAAACAGCAGGUACAGAACAUCAAAGCCAACCUCCAUUUACUGGUUUGUCGUUAUUGUUCCAAGACUGCAGAUACACUGUAUAUACAAAAGUAUGUGGACACCCCUUCAAAUGAGUGGAUUCGACUAUUUCAGCCAUACCUGUUGUUGACAGGUGUAUAAAAUCGAGCACACAGCCACAGCCAUGUCUCUGCCCUGCUAGAGCUGCCCCGGUCAACUGUAAGUGCUUCCCAGAAGAGUGGAGGCUGUUAUAGCAGCAAAGGGGGGACCAACUCCAUAUUAAUGCCCAUGAUUUAGGAAUGAGAGUGUAUGUCUGUGGCAGCAACAUAUUACAGUAGUUAAAUAUUACAGUAGUUUGAACUCAAAACGAGGAAGUAGGCCUAUAGUAUUAUUGAAAGCGAUCGUCUUAUCUCAAUAUGCACAUUUACAAUAACCUAUGAGAGGAUCACUCUUACUAGUGUUGAUGUAAUACUUCUCUAUUACCAGGAAGUCGUUCUCUGGAGGAAAGCUCCUGAGAAAAUAAAGAAACGGAACUUCCACCAACGCUACGAGUCGCCAGAGCCACGGCUGACCCUUACUGCUGAGCAGCAACCCGAAAUGUGAAGACCAUCGGAGUGAAACGGAAAACGUUGAGACUGCUCCUGAUUAUGCUUAAAGCAAACAAAAAGAGAGAGGGGGUGCAACUUGACACGCAAGGAGAAAAUGAAGAGUCAGCCAUUUUAAUACAUCUACCUUCUGCAAUGUGACAGUUAGCGUACUGUAUGGACUCGUCUCUUUGACACACAAUAGAUAGCACUGGAACGGGAGCUACCAUCAACCUAACCUCCCUGUAAAAGAGGCACUUGGUUUGGCUCAACACUGGAGACCUGGCAUACAAUCAUUCACUACUAGAUAUUUCAAAGGACGUUCCAGUGCAUGUAGGCAGGUCAAAGUGAAUGUGAUGGGUUAGUAUCAUGUCAACGCUGGCUGUCAGGGUCAGUUUCUAAAGUCAAGCUGUAAGACAAUAGGCAUUAUUUGAGCUCAAAUAGUGCCAUGUUUAUAAUUCACUGAAAGACGUAAAAUAUUUCUAUCUCCUAAGUUAUUUAGUGUAGCUGGAACCUGUAGUUUCAUUCUCUUUUUUUCAUUUAACUUUUUCUUGUAUUUUGCGCUUU